UCAACCAAACAAGAUCGGAGCAAGUUUAAACUGCGUUUGAAGCUGAUUGAGAAAAGAGUAAUCAAGAACGCUCAAGAUUAUAUAUAACUUUAUUAUAAAGAUCAGAAAAAUAAUAUAAAGAAAUAGUGUUAGAUCGAACAUGCAGCGAUACAUGUGCUAAAUAACUUAUUCUAAGUCAGAGACACUCUUCAGUUAAAAACGAAAAAACAUGAUUCACGGGUGCAGGAGGCUCUGUGUAAGCAGCGUGAAGCUAUCAGCGCAACAUCUCCUGCCAUCGAGAUGCGCCGGUACAUUGUCCAAGAUAGAGGCGAGGAAGCGGAGGAAUCAACUAUUCGACGAAGAGAAGCGAAGGCAGCGAUCUGAACUGGGUAGGAUCGAAAAGAUAGAAGUGACGUACAAAUCAGUGCAGGACGAGGUAGUAAUGUUGAUGAACCGUAACAUUUCCACACCAUACGACUGCGCCAGGCACAUCUCCGAGAACGUUGCCAAGGUAUCUGCCAUCGCUCUGGUGAACGGUCGCAUCUGGGAUAUGCACAGGCCAUUCACGAGCAAGUGUGAGCUAGAGCUGGUGACUAUGCACAGUCCGCGGACGGGUGCGGUCAAUCAUGCCUUUUGGCGUACGUGUUCGUUGAUCUUAGGUGCCGUAGCGGACAGCGCGUUCAAGGAAAACGUGGAUGUGCAUUUGCACAGCUUUCCCACACCAUCAAUUCACUCUGGCAGUUUUAUCUAUGACGUGUUCAUUGAUUUGCCAGAUUGGAAACCGACUGAUUCCGAGCUGCGCGCCAUGUCUGCACUUUUCGUCAAGCUGACUAACCAAGAAUUGUUGCUGGAGAGACUAGAAGUGCCCCGUGGCGUUGCGUUAGACAUUUUCCAGGAUAAUCCUUUCAAGUCUCAACAAAUACCUAGUAUCGCCAAGAACAGCGAUAACGAUAGAGUACCGUUGUACCGUCUGGGAGAUCACAUAGAUAUCAGCAAGGGCCCCAUGAUAAAUAAUAGCGGUCUAAUAGGACGCGUCACUGUAACGGCCGUGCAUAAACUCGCGGACGGACCCGUGGACGGUCUGUACCGUUUCCAAGGUAUCGCCCUGCCCAAAGGUAUUCUGCUCAAUCACUUUGCCUAUUCUAUCUUGGAGAAACGCGCCAAGAAACUUAAUACCGCCACGUGGCAGACCACCACGUGGCAGCCUCACGAUGAAGACGAGACGAUCAACAUGACAGCAUCUGUGAACUAAGUGAUCAGCCCCGCUUCAUAAUUGAAGAAGAUCCUCGUGUAAAUAAAUGCAUCUUUCAGUUA